UUCCGCUCCUUUUCUAAACUGAUACUGUAUUUACUUUUUCGAAGGGUGAUCCCGAUUACUCCUGCGAGCUGCUUUGCUUCUCUUCGCUUUCUUCCUUCUGCUCUUGGGCUGCUGUCUUUCCUCUUCGGCCAAACGAUCAUUUCGGCGCGCUUUUAUUCCCCACUCCAAGUAGUAAAGGGUUGCUAGAAGAGCCUUUCCUCAACAGGGAUCAGGAUGGAUGGAUACGUACAUAUAUACCGUAUUGGCUAACGAAAUGCCUUCUCUUAUUUCACCUCCAGGCCUAGGAUUGCUGUGGCUGAUAUGCCUGAGGGAGAUUCUGGACGUGCGGCUGCCUUUCAUUCCCCCCCGAGAGAUGCCCCGCAGCCUUCCCUACCGCUGCCCUGCUCCAGCGACCCAGAUAAAACGCUUUAUUCGCUCUUGCUGCGCCGCUAGGAAGGCCUGCGGACCGGGGGAAGCCUCGCUCAACUGGAGCGCGUAAUAGAGGGACUUCAGGGCAGAGAUUCUGUAAAGAGGUUGGCUGCUAUGACAGGCUUCUUAUCCACAGGAUCGGUAUUGUGAGAGAGGGCUCUUUAUUCGAAGCGAUUUGCGUUAAUGAAAGGGGGCCAGGAGAGCUUGGCUUUCUGGUCAAGGUUUGUUGACUUGUAGCUGAUGUUUAAUUAGGUUACUUGAAGAUUGUUUGUCUUGGCAAUGACGGUGUCAUUCUGGUUGUCCCUGUUUAUGUUGACGAGAAUGUAGAUUCUUACCUCUAAUGCAGGCGGAAGCUUUCUUGUAAGUUUCCUGAAAGGCAAAAUGAUGCCCAGCUUUUGAUACUUUUACAAAUGUAGCUGGAAUUCUGUGAGUGCUCCUGUUUUUCUUAAGAAACAUUUUCAGUUGGUAACAUAGACUAGCAAGAGGGUAAACUUAAACCAUGGAGGGAGAAAAGAAGACUGUUGCUCUUGAUGGAAACUGCCAGUUUGUUAAAAGAGUGAUCACCUGGGAAAUCUCUGAUUCUGAAGAAGACAGUGAUGUUAAACCAGAACCCUCAACCGCUUUUGCAAAUUAUUCAGGUGUUGGAGCUCAGGGCUGUCCAGACAGACAAAACUUAGAGCCGUGCAUGAUGCUGCAUGAAGCAAAGGCAGUACCUUUGCUUACUCCGUCGACCCAAACAGUAUCUUGUAAUUCAAGUCCAGAGAGAAAGAAGAAAAAGCAGUCCCUGGAAAAAACCAAGAUGGGCCGGGCAAAAAGAGAAGAAAAAAAGGAGAGGGUGCACAAAAAAGAAGAAAAAGUGAAGAUAAAAAAGCAGAUUGCAGCUGAGAAAGAGAGACGAAAGGAAGUAGCAGCUGCCUUGAAAUUCCUUCGACCUGAGCAGUGCAUGAAACAAAUGAUUGUCUCUGUGGAUUCAGGUCUUCUAGAGCACCUUGGUUCUGAUAUCUUGCUGGAUGUUUUGGGCUCUUUGGACUGUAAAUACUAUAUUGAACACCAGAUAAUUCCACAUAGCAUAACCUGGAAGAGAAAGAUUUUGAGCAGCAUGUCUGGUUCAGAUGGUUGUCAAGAAAAGACUGCAGUGGAAAGUGAGGUCCUGCUAGUGAUGCAGCCUUCACAUUUUCUCAGACAACUUUUCUCAUCAAUGCAGAACCCAAGUCCUGAUGGCCAGCAGAGUGUACCAGAUCUUACCCAUCUGUUUCCCUUUCACAAUUUGGAAGAUCCUUCCACGGUAUCUUACAGCAUGGUUGUCAUUGGACUAGACACCUACCAAUGGUAUAACCAGCAUCAUCAACUUUCACAGGAAGCACCAAUCUCUGGACAGGAGAAAUGGCUGGAAGAGGCAACACUGAAGCUUGGUCCAGAACACUCCAUGACACAGCAUCAAAUUGAGGAGGCUCUGGUGGUGUUGCAACUCCGGGGUAACAUAAAUGUACUAUUCCUGGAAACGUGGCAGGAUUUGGCCCAGCAUGUUUCUGCAAUGACCAGAGCCAUAGCGCAGCGUCCCUAUAAGAAGCAUCAGGAAAAGCAGCCUUUCUCCUUCUGUGCCAAAGGCAAAUGGGCUAGCGGCGUGCACAUUAGCAAGGAUGGGAAAGGGCUCCAUGAGACCUGGUUGAAACAGAUCCAGCAGUUCAACCGAGUCAGCCCAGUCAUGGCAGCAGCCAUUGCCCAAGCCUAUCCUUCACCAAGUCUGCUGCUACAGGCCUACCGAGAAUGCAAUACAGAUGCAGACAGACAACUUCUCCUAAGCGACAUCCAGAUCAAGACUGAGGACAAUAAAAUGGAGAGACGGAUUGGCCCAGACCUGUCUCGUCGAGUCUACCUUUUCAUGGUAUCUACAAACCCAGAGGUUGUCCUAGAUUUAGGUGCUUGAUAUCCUUGCUGUGCUGUUCUCUGACUGCCAGGCCUUAGCUCCUUGUUUGUUCUUUACUGUCAAAGCUUUAGGAUUUAUAGCAGAAUUUGAGUUUGGCAAAAUCAGCAAAUGUCUUUGUGCAAAAAUUCUAUCAAUGAUCCCCGUGGUGUGUUUUUUUUUCAUCCCCGUUCUUCUGUUGAAGGAAAACUCAUUUUGCAGUAUUGUUACAUAUCAUUACGCUGCUUCUAUUUGAAUUUAUGAAGCCGUCCUUGGCACAGUUGUUGGGUUCAUAUAUUAAGCUAAACCAGAACCUGCCUUGGUGAGAAUAUGAGAGAAUCUGGUUGUUUAUAAAAAUGUUAAUGGAUCUUUUAACUGUGGAAAAGCAUUAUGAAAAAGGAACACCUAGUCCUAUAUCUUACUGUAAUCUUAGUCCCAGUUAAGUCAUCAGUUCCACUGAGACUGCAGCUCAGUGUUCCCUUUCACUUAAUCAGAUGAUACAAGGACUUCAGAAGGGAGUCUAUUAUACUGCCAAAUCACACAGUGGUUAAAUUCAGAAAUUAAUACUAAUCCAUCGUUUACUACAAAGCAAUGCCGUCUUGUUCCCUUUUAUACAACAAUUUUCACAAUGAACCACACUUUGCCAUUUGCAUUAAGCAUAGGAGAAGCUGAAGGGAACUGUAAUCGCCCUUGUGCUUAUCCAUACAUUACAAAUAUCAAGAGCGCCUUUUCUGGCCGCCCAUAUGACCAUAAGCAGUCAUCAGGGAAAGGUCGUACCGAUACUGGUUUCCGAAUUGCAAAAUGCCCUCCCAGUACAUGUCACUGCAGCUAGUUUUUGUCACAAAAUCAAAGAAAGAACUGGAAUAUUUAAACCUACCUCCCUGGGAAAUAGGCUUGGGAUGUGAAUACCUCUAAAUAAGUAAAUUGUGGCUGGCUGUGAAAGAAGAAAUACAGGACCUGAGAACAAGGAGAAAGAGGGAGCAUCCGUGGCUGAAGUUCAUUCACAUAAUUCCAACUACUAGCCUGGUACUAUGUUUGAACCAAAUAAUCAAGAAUUAGGGAACCUAAUUAGAAUUAUUUUAGAUGAGAGGACAGUAAGGUUGAUAGACUAGCCUAUCAUCAUUGAUCAAAGUCUGUAUAUAUUUUAAUUAAUUUGUGUAUAGUUCAAUACAGGAGAAGUAAGACAUGCAAAGCAAUUGGAAGAGUUGCAGGGCUCACAUGAUACCACUUACACUGAAACAGGUAAUGUUCUCUUCUGAAAACCAACAGUGCCAAAGCACUAAAAAACAAAUAGAACCAUUUGGC